CAUUCUCCAGGAGUGCAGCCAGCUGACCUUGAAGAAGUUGUCCAGAAGGGUGUUAGAACUCUGGUGAUCGGUCGUGGCAUGAGUGAGGCUUUGCAGGUUCCAUCAUCUACCGUGGACUACGUGAGGAAAAACGGGAUUGACGUGCUGGUGUUGCAAACGGAGAAGGCUGUGGAAGAGUACAACGCCCUGGCUGCUCAGGGUGUCAAAGUGGGGGGAGUCUUCCAUUCAACCUGCUGA